AUGAUAUGGCAUAAUAUUGGUCAUGGCUUUGUUGGUGAAUGGAAUUUUCACACCGGCUAUGCUGGCACCGUCGGAUCCUUUGGCUCUCGGAAUAUGAUGAUGCUCCGGAAGGCCAUCGUGAAAAGCAGUGACCACUUAGUCUCCGAGGUUUAUCAUGUCUCCGGUGAUGCCCAGAAGACCUGA